AGACAGAAAAUUUUGAAGUGUACUAAUAAAAAGUGUAUUUAUUAUUAAAUAAAAAUAUGACGCACGAUUUAUAGUUAUAUUUUAAUACAAUGUCACGGAAAAUGUUAAAGUUUUUAGAUAUUUUUAAUACACAUUAAUUUGCCGAAAAAAAAACAAAUCAGUUAAUAAAAAUGGAAAUAAACAGUGAUGACUUAGACGACGAUGAAGUUUUUGACGAAUCAUCAGUGUUCGCACAUUUUGAAAACUUUUCGUUCAGAGACACCAAUGGAAACAAAAGUAACACUGAAGAUGCCCUAAACGUGAGUGCUCUUUGUUGUGAUGAAGAAAUCAAAGGGUUUGAUAAGCUAACAGGCAAAACAUGGAUCUAUCCUACAAACUACCCAAUAAGAGAUUACCAGUACAACAUUGUCAGAGCUGCUCUUUCAAAAAAUACUCUAGUAAGUCUUCCAACUGGAUUGGGUAAGACAUUCAUUGCAGCUGUAGUGAUGUUCAACUUCUAUCGUUGGUAUCCAACGGGAAAAAUUAUAUUUAUGGCUCCAACACGUCCGCUUGUGGCUCAACAAAUUGAAGCUUGUUACAAUAUAAUAGCAAUGCCACGUAACGACACAGUAGAAAUGACAGGACACAUGCAUUUUAACAAGAGAAAAACACAAUGGAUAUCAAAACGAGUAUUCUUUGCGACACCACAAGUUAUAUAUAAUGAUAUAAAAUCUGGUAUAUGUCAGGGAGACAAAAUAAGGUGUCUCGUUGUAGAUGAAGCACAUCGGGCGAGAGGGAACUAUGCAUAUUGUCAGAUCGUUUCCACUCUUACCGAAAUGGGUCACAGAAUAUAUAGAGUACUUGCAUUGUCUGCGACACCCGGCAGCAAAGUUGAAGAUGUCGUUAAUGUUGUAAAAAAUUUACAUAUAGCUCAUUUAGAGUUGAGAAAUGAAAAUAGCAUUGAUGUUGUGUCGUACAGUCAUUCUCGUAAAAUCAAUACGGUGGUGAUUCCGCUGGGCUCCGAGUUGACGCAGUUGAAAAACCAAUAUGUCGAGAUACUGGAUAAAUAUGCGAGAAGAUUAAAACAAUUAAAUAUUCUUUCUCAAGAUGUAGGUAAUCUAACCAAGGGAAGGAUUGUAAUGCUCUACAAAGAGUUUCAAACAAAAGAACGUGGUGCCAGACAUCCACAACAUAACUAUAUUAUGAAAGAUUUCACGCUAUUGAUAGCAUUGUUUCAUGGUUUUGAAUUGCUAGUGAAGCAUGGCUCCAGGGUAUUUUUGAAUUAUUUCGACGAACACCCUGAGAAGUCAUGGAUACAGGCUGACGAUAACCUGACUGCUUUACUAGAGAGAUUGAGGGAUGAUCUCGGGGCUGAUCCCCUCCUGUUAGACAGAAGUAUAUUACCCGAUGGAACGAUACCAGAAAUGCCGCAGAAUUUAACUUUCGGUCAUCCUAAAUUUUAUAAAUUGAAGGAAAUUAUGCUCGAACAUUUUAAUAAUGCAAAACAAAAGGGUGAGGAAACUAAAGCUAUAGUAUUUUGUGAGUACAGGGAAAGCGUUCAUCUCGUGCACUGUUUACUUCUGCAGUGCCGACCUCUGAUAGUUCCACAGAUGUUUGUGGGACAAGGUGCUUCCGGCAAGGACAAGUGUGCGGUGUCGCAGAAGCAGCAGCUGCGCGCGAUGCGCGCGUUCCGCUCGGGCGCCAGCAACGCGCUCGUGUGCACGUGCGUGGGCGAGGAGGGGCUGGACGUGGGCGCCGUCGACCUCAUCGCGUGCUUCGACGUGGCCACGCGCUCGCCCGCCCGCCUCGUGCAGAGGUGUGGUCGCACGGGCCGAGAGCGCGGCGGGCAAGUGUUCAUCCUCGUCACCGAGGGCAAGGAACACCAGACUCUGAAAGAAAGCAUGCGCCAAAGAGACGGACUAAACCAAAAAAUAUUAGCAUCUAAAGAAGUUGAAAAUAGCUUAUACCAAAUGAACCCUCGGAUGCUGCCUCGAGACAUGACGCCGGAGUGUCAGAAAAUGUAUAUAACGGUUGAGAAAUCGAAAAAUAAAGAAGAUUCGGAUCAACCGAAAAAAGGUCAAACAAAUUUAAGAAGUAUGUUAUCUCGAAAGGAUUCUAAGAGUACAACUAAUCAAAAUGAAUGGAUAACGAAAAAUGAAUUUGAUAAAUUAUAUCCAAAAGGCUAUCGGGAAUGCAAUUUUUUUGUUCAGCCGGCGGCUUAUUUUUCAAUGAGCAAAGAAUCAAUUCAAGAAACCAAAGAAGUGGAAGGCGGUUCUCUUCUAAAAUUAUCAACAUGGAUACAUUCGCAAAGAAAUUUGCAAAACACCAUUAAUAUUGGACAUUCUGAAGAUACUGAAAUAUUGACGGCUGUUAUGAAAAUAAGCGAAGGAAAAAGUUCGGAUAUACUUGCUACUCAAAUCCCAAAUUUUGCCAGUCAAGAUUUACAAUCACAGAAUGUGUUCUUAUCGCCGGUGAAAGCUAAACCUAAACAAACGAAGAAAAAACAAAAGCUACCAUUGGUAAAAUCUCCGUUUAAGAAAGAUGGUGAUAUUCGAACACUUUUUAGUACCGCCACGAAAUCUACAAAAAAUUAUACAAAACUUAUUAACGAUUUAGGUAUAAACAAUGACGGUAAUAUACCAACACGUGUUAUUAAUCUAUUGGUGGAUCUUUGUAUAGAUAACACAAAUGUAAAAAAAACUUGUUAUAUUUGUCUUCAUGUGUGCAAUUGUAAAAUUAUGCAAAGUAUGAGAGAGAAAGAAAAUAUAUCUUUAUUAAUGCCUAUAAAUACAGAACCUAAUUUACCUUGUAUCGAUUUGAUAGACGAUUUAAAUGAAGACUCUUUUCUAUAUUACGGUACUCAAAUUAACAAUAAUGACGUCAGAAAAGAUCUUAAUACAGACUCAGAUGUCAGAGAAAUAGAUAUUGAAAACAACGUUGUUCGCGACUCUAGUCACAAUUUUGAUAUAGAAAUCGAUUUCGAUUCACUGUGUGAACACGAUUCACCAGUUUUUGAUAAAGUCGAUAAAGAUAUAAAACUAAACAAUGAGAACAAAAAUUUCGAUAUUGGAGACAUAGACGACAUAUUCGCUGAUAGUAGUCCUGAAAUGGUUGUAAAAAUUGACCAAGAUCAAAAUAAUACUAAGCCAAAAGAAACUUUAAACUAUUUUCAACUGGACAGUAUCGAAGACAUAUUUGCAGAUUCAGAUGACGAAGUUCCAAAGUCUGGCACGGAAAAUAAAUUGCAUGAGUUAAAUAAUGAAAGAUUGUUAAAAACAAAGAUCAUAGUGCCACCUGACGUUGACUCUCAAGAGAUAACAAAAAACACAAUUGCUAUGCGUCCACCGAGUCCGUCUAUCUUAUCCGGCGGCUUCACUAGAAAUAAUGGCCAAUCAACGUCUCCCAUUCUUUGCAGUCAAAUGCGUAAGCCAAAUACGACGAGGGCUACAUUCAAUCAAUUUCAAAGUUCUACACCUUUAAAUAAUGCUAAAGUUUCAGAAAAUAAAAAAGGGUCAAUGUACAACGAAAGUACAAAAAGUACGAGUGAUAACAGUCUGUUAACAAUUACUGAACUCGUAGAUAUUAUUAAUAAAACCGAAAACGAAAAUCUGUCCGGAUUAAUUACAUCGAAUAUUAAUGAUUAUCGAAAUGAAAACGUACAAUACAGAAGUACUUCACCGAUAAUUUGUACUCAACGAGAUAAAACAAUAAGAAUGGAUACAACAGAAUCAGAUAAGCAAAAAGUAAUUACUACUCAAUUACCACUAGCUGCAAGUAUUGUUAUUUCUGAUAGCGACGACGAGGACAGCAUGCAAAGGCACGGUAUCGACACAGAGAUAAAUAAAACCGGAAAUAAACCGUUAAAGCGGAAAUUUGAAGACAAUAUCUUUUCUUCACCAUACUUUAAUAAAAAGCAAAAUACUGAAAACAAAAAUCUGACUGGUAUAACAAAAUCGAAUGAUGAUAAUGAAGGUCGAAAUGAAAAUGUACAAAAUAGAACUACUUCACCGAUAAUUUGUACUCAGCGAGAUAAAACGAUUAGAGUGGACACAACAGAAUGUGAUAAUGUGAUGACUAAUCAAUUACCACAACAUGAAAGUGUUGUUAUUUCUGACAGCGACGGUGAAGAUAGCACUCCGGAUCGCUGUGUCGACACAGAUAUAAAUAAAAUCGGAAAUAAGCCAUUUAAAAGAAAAUUAGAAGACGAUAACUUAGCUUCAAUAUAUUUCAAUAAAAAACCAAAAUUAAAUGAAAAUCACGGUCAAAAGUUGACUUUGCAAAAAAAAGUUCUCGCAGCACUAACGUCUAAUAAAUUUAAUAAUGAUUCGUUUGGUAAUAGCAAUACGCAUGUUAAUUUCAUGCUUCUAUCACCCGACACAUCACCAAGAUUUAACUUGCACAAAGAGAACAAAGAUCCGCUAUUUGUUAAAAGCCAAAAAUGUAACAACGAUACCGAAAAACUACAAUAUAAGCUUGAUAAGCUUCAAAAGUAUCGACGUGAUGCUAAAAGCAGCCCUACAAAUGAUGUUUUACAAGAUUCUACCAAUACUACAUCAGAUAUAUUACACAGAAGAAAAAUAACUUUUAGUGACAGCGAUGAUGAUUUCGUUAGCAAUGAAAAACCUCGAAGAAAAUUGAAACCUAGCGGUGCCCAUGAUAAUGGCUUCACUAUUAAUAAAAAAAGAACAAAGAAGAAAGCAAGCGAAUUUCUUGAUUUGGAAGCUGAAUUAUCAGAAGACGAUAAAUAUGGAAGUGCUGAUGAACUUACAGAUGAAAGCGUCGGUAGCAUCAUAGAUUUUAUAUGUGACGAAAAUAUCACUCAUGAUGAAGAGGAUAUACAGGCUAUAUAUUUAAAAUCUGUCAAAAGCCCAAUAAAAGGAGUAUUCAAAAUACCACAACUAACGAACAAGUACAAAAAAGCAGAUGUAUUAUCACAAUAUAUAGAGGAAAAUGACACUUAUGAGAUGGAUAGUUUUUGCGUGGAUUCCCAUGUUGGACUAACUCAAAUUAAUGAAGUGUCAGAGCUAGAGCUAGCUGAAAUGUUGCUAGAAGAAAAAAAAAGAAAUAAAAAGUCUUCUAAAAAUUUACGAAAGUUGAGUGAUAUAAAUGAUGAAAGUCCAGUUAUUAAGAGAAAAUUUAAAAACGUGAAAAGGCAAAUAAGCAGUGAUUCUGAAGAUAAUAGUAGUUGAUAAUAAGUUCGUUGUCCGAUCAUUUAUUGGUCACUUCUAUCUGUGAUAUUUGUCAUGUUAAUUAGGUGUACAAUUUUAUUCAAAUAAUAAUUUUAUUAUUGUAAGGAUGUAAAAAAUAUGUUAUUACUACCUUCUUAAUGACUGAUGUAUACACACGUGGAUACAUUUAGUAGCUUCUUAAUCAUGCGAGUAUGUGGAUAAUCAUUUGAUUAUAAUUUUCAUAAGCUUUUUGUUGACAUUCAAAUUACUGUCGAUAUAAUAAUGUACUCACUUCGCCCACCUAUCAAUCAUGAGCCAAUGUGAACAAUAAAUUAUUCUUAUUAAAUAAAAGUAUUUUUAACA